CUUUGAAGGAAAACGGAGAAGAAGAAAUGGCGUGAGACUCCCAGAAUGCCAUUGGUUGAACUGUAGCAAACUCGGGUAAAGCAAUCCCACCAACGGGACGGGUCGUUGUGUCAGAAACAUGGCGGCUUUCAGUAAAUAUGUGACAGCGAAAAACUCCUCAAUAGCAGGCGGUAUUUUGCUGGUCUUAUACCUGCUGAAACGCAGAAGACGCACGCACAAACGGGACAGUAGAAAAGAAGGCUCAGAUCUAGUACUGAACAGUGAGAAAGAUGGCAAAAAAGACCGUGCAGCAGUGGACAAGGUUUUCUUCCUCAGAGUCUUCCGGAUUUUGCGGAUUAUGGUGCCUCGAGUUUUCUGCAAGGAGACUGGCUACCUUAUCCUUAUCGCUGCCAUGUUGGUGGCCAGGACCUACUGUGACGUAUGGAUGAUCCAGAAUGGCACCAUGAUUGAAAGCGGUAUUAUAGGCAGAGACAUCAAUCUAUUCAAGAAGCACUUUUAUUCCUACAUAUCAGUCAUACCGGGGAUAGCCUUGGUGAACAACUUCCUGAAGUUGGGUCUAUACGAGCUGAAGCUGAGGUUCCGGGAGAGGCUCACUAAGCACUUGUACGACCAGUACCUGGAGGGUUUCACCUACUACAAAAUGGGAAACCUGGACAACCGGAUAGCCAAUGCAGAUCAGCUACUGACGCAAGAUGUGGAGAAGUUCUGCAACAGUGUGGUAGACCUUUACUCGAACCUUAGCAAGCCUCUGUUGGAUAUCGGUCUGUACAUCUUCAAGCUGACAAGUGCCAUUGGUGCUCAGGGCCCAGCAGUCAUGAUGACCUACCUACUGGUCUCAGGACUUUUCCUGACCAGACUGAGAAGGCCCAUAGGCAAGAUGACCGUCACCGAGCAGCGGUACGAGGGAGAGUACCGCUACGUCAACUCUCGCCUCAUCACCAAUAGUGAAGAAAUUGCCUUCUACAAUGGUAACAUGAGGGAAAAACAGACCAUUCACAGCACCUUCAAGAAACUGGUGGACCACUUGCAUAACUUUAUCUUCUUUCGCUUCUCCAUGGGAUUUGUGGACAGCAUAAUUGCAAAGUACCUGGCCACUGUAGUAGGCUACCUGGUGGUCAGCCGGCCAUUCCUAAGUGUGUCACACCCCCGACACCUGCACAGCACACACUCUGAGCUACUUGAGGACUACUACCAGAGCGGGAGGAUGCUCCUGAGAAUGUCCCAGGCCCUGGGCAGGAUUGUACUGGCUGGCCGAGAGAUGACCCGCCUCUCAGGAUUCACAUCUCGUAUCACUGAACUGAUGAAAGUCCUGAAGGAGCUGAAUGCUGGCAAAUAUGAACGUACCAUGGUCUCCCAGGAGAAGGAAUCAGACAAUGCAGAUAAACUUACACUGGUGCCCGGAAGUGGUCAAGUUACCAACAGAGAUAACAUCAUCAAGUUUGACCAUACCCCACUAGCAACACCCAAUGGAGACAUUUUGAUCAGAGAUCUACAUUUUGAGGUGAGGUCUGGCACCAAUGUGCUUGUGUGUGGACCAAACGGCUGUGGAAAAAGCUCUCUGUUCAGAGUGCUCGGAGAGCUGUGGCCUCUGUUUGGAGGACACCUGACAAAACCGGAGAGAGGGAAACUCUUCUAUGUUCCACAGAGGCCCUACAUGACUCUGGGUUCUCUGAGGGACCAAGUCAUUUACCCUGACACCUAUGAAGAUCAGAGGAGGAAGGGCAUCUCUGAUCAGGUAUUGAAGGAGUACUUGGACAACGUUCAGCUGGGCCACAUCCUGGAGAGGGAGGGCACCUGGGACACGGUCCAGGACUGGAUGGAUGUCCUCAGUGGAGGAGAGAAGCAGAGGAUGGCUAUGGCCAGACUGUUCUACCACAAGCCCCAGUUUGCCAUUCUGGAUGAGUGCACCAGUGCAGUGAGUGUCGAUGUGGAGGAUUUCAUCUACAGCCACUGCAGGACGGUGGGAAUAUCCUUGUUCACAGUGUCCCAUAGAAAGUCUUUGUGGAAGCACCACGAGUUUUACCUCCACAUGGACGGUAGAGGGAACUACGAGUUCAAGCCCAUCACAGAGGAAACGGUGGAGUUUGGCUCAUAACUGAUUGCCGAUGUCAGUCACCAGUGCACUGCUCUGAUAAAAACCAGUCCACUAAUUCUUUGCACUUAAGACAGAAGUUAUAGCUAAAACUAGAAAACAAUGUUUUAAUCAUGUGUCUCUGUUAUCACCUUGUUUCUGCGAUGUUUUCCAUUAUUUAAAUCGCCACUUUAGUCAUGUCUAAUCAUUCAUUUGUUCAGUGUGAUUGUAAAAGCAAACAAAACUAUUUAGUAAUUUAUAUUGCCAACUUCUAAGUUGUUUUACACAUGCAAGACAUAUUUGAGUGAAGGUAGAAAUAUACCAUACUAUUUUUAUCAUCUCUUACGACAGUGCCAGAGGUUAGCAUGUAGAGGUAAGCUAGUUACCACAGUGGUCGAUGGGACAGCGUGUCCUCACUGCAAACUAACCGGCACAGAAUAAUACCGAGGGUUGUAUGCCCAGCGUGAUGCUCCUGGCUGUCCUCUGGCUCAACUCUCCACAGCUGACAAGCUCAGAGUGGUGGAGGCCUGUACUCUUGAUAUCAUAAAAAAAAACACUGCGAGUUUUGGCUUUUCUUUCUCCCUUUUUUUUUUUUUUCAUUAUUCCAAUUAUAUUAAAUAUAAGAUAUUUUAAUUAUUUCCAAGGAAAUCUUCUUGUCACCUUCACGUAUUAAGCUAUUAUCAUACAAUUACAACCAGGGCUUUACAUUGACAGCCGCCAGCCCACCAAAUUUCGGGCUACAAAUGAACUUUGGCAGGACAAAUUGUUAAGUUACUAGCCAUUUUGGCCGUUGAUGAAUUAAGGGAAUAACUGAUUGAAUCAGCCGGCUGUAGAAAUGUUUUCAGAGUGGUCUGUUUUGCGCCGAGAGAUAUGGGCGGCUUAAUCUCGUAAUGUGUCUUUGGCUUGAUAAAAUCUUUAUCUGGCGACACUGCUUGUCCAAGUGCACCAUGUUGUGACGUGUUGUUAAACUGUCGGCUACAGGCCUAGCGUACGCAGUAGUCAUUACAAUCUGCGCUGAAAAGGAGAAGACGAACGGAACGGCGCCAAACAAACCAGAGGACUUGAACUGCAAGUGAAGCUAGUUAGGAAAAAAACAACAAGGCUAGUGGCAAAUUUCAUUGGCUGGUAACUUUAAAAAUCUACUAGCCGUGUCGGCUUGUGAUCAAACAAGUUGAUGUAAAGCCCCGGUUACGACAUAGCUAAAAGUUAACUUCAUUAGUUAAAGUCAUUAGUGCCUACUUGUUUCCUCCUCCUUCAUAUUAGGUUAUUCCUGGCUCUUUUUCUCGUGACAAAUGUGGUAAAAGCCUAAAGAUAAUGAGACAUGGAAAGCUAGAAGACAAGUACGAUAUAACCAGUACUAAUUUAAAUCAGUGUCUUAGGAAAACUUGCUUGAAAUGAAAACAAAAAGACUUAAUAUGAGUCACCAUUGGUUAUCUCAAGAUAAAGUACCAAAUAAGCUGUGAUCACAUGUCAAAGGGCCUAAAACAUAAGUCAACCACUGCUUGCUGCUCUCAGCUUCUGUAGCUACAGGACAAACAGUGCUCACUAGAACUGAAUGAACUUGUUCAGAGGCAACUCCAGACCCAGCUGGUUUUGAGGGCUUUUCAAGUGCUGACAGAACAACAUGGCAGCAAGUCUCUUGAGUAAACGCAGCGAUCUGGCAGAAGGUCAGCUGCUUUCUGUCUGACUGAGAGGGAACAGGAACGUCUCAUUCACCCAGGCCUUCAGGCUACAUACAUUGCAACGCUUCGGUUUGAAAACAAAUAUCUUUUGCUACGUUUACACCUCUCAUUCCCACUGCUCUGGCGUUUCCGAGCACCUAAACCGGAGCCAUUUGGAGAAACUUCUAACUCGUUUUGGUUUGGAAUCUGUGGGGUUGUGUUGCAGUCUCAACGGCUCCAAACUGAGACCUUUGGCAACAACACCGACACAUCAUGUCUGACUGGGUCUUAUCAGUCAUGACAUCUCGUUCUCUGACACUUAAGCUACUAACGUUACCAUGGCAACUACCAGCAACGGGCCAAGUAAAUAUUGCUGCCUCCUAUUUACACCUGAUACACGCAUGCCCAGUAUACGAGAAUGUUGAUGAGAUGUGAUAGUUUGUAUGAAGAUUAAUUCUUCUACUGGAGAUAAAAACCCUUGUUUUCACAGAGAUUGCUUUUGGCUC